UGAAGUUUAAAGUUGGCUGUAAACAAGUUAAGAUAACUAAGUGAUCAUUUUUAGUCUUAAAUAUUCAUUGCGUUGGAAAUGGCUUGAAGAUGACGAGUACUUUACUGCAAGUGAAGAUGAAACGUUUGAGGUGCCUGGGCGCAGACUUCAACAAGCUUCUGAUGAAAAAUACAUUUAUCAAAGAGAAGACGAGAAAAUGGAAGUGUCUGGGUGUAAGCUUUAUGAAACAGAAGUGGCGCCCGGCAGUGUUUCUUUCGAAGAUAUACGCUUGUUGCUUGUCGGUAAAACUGGGCAUGGAAAGAGUGCAACUGCCAACUCCAUUCUAGGACUGCAAAAUGGACAAAAUGGAAGCUUCGUAGAGGAAAUGAGUUCCAUGUCAGUAACGGAAGUUGUUACACGAAAGAAAGGGUUACGUUCUGGAAGAGAAAUUGAAGUUGUAGAUAGUCCCGGCUUUUGUGACACAAAACUUACAGAAAAUCAAAUCAGAGAAGCAGUCCUUAAAGCUAUAAUUUUAACAUUGCCUGGAUUCUCAGCUGUUGGUUUUGUGUUGAAGCCAGAACGUUUUUCUGAUGAACUAGUUAAGGCCGUUGAACUUUUUAUCGAAUUAUUUGGACCCAAUGUCAAGAAUUUUCUUUUUAUCAUUCUUACACACACGCAGGACGAAGAAACUGCAGAAAAGUACUUAACUGAUUGUCAUGAAUCACUCGAAAAAUUGAAAACUCUUUGCACUGGAGGGAAAGUUGUUAUUAUUGACAAUGACUGUAAAGAAAAGGAAAAGAAAGAUCAACAGGUACAAAGCAUUAUAGAUGCGAUCGAUAGCAUCAAACGGAAGAAUGGAGAUACUUUCUUUUCAAACAAAUCAAUUGAGGAAGCAACAAGUUAUGCAUUGCAAUGCAUCCCGAUACAGGCGGUAGAGAAAACUGAUGCAACAUCCGAUGACCAACUUGUAACAAAACGGCUGGAAAAGUUCAAAGAAAAGAUCGAAAAUGAUACAGACGGAGUCUUUUUCGAUUUCCUAAAUUACAUUCGUAUUAAUAAAACAUCGCUGCUCGCAAUUGCACUUGCCGUUUAUGUUGGCUUAAUGGAAGUUACUCAAUGCAGCCUUAUGUAACCUUCUCAAACAUUCGCAAGGGCAAAGUUUCAACCCAAUAUAUAACAUUUGUGACAUGUAGAACUUGGAUAAAAUGUAUGCUAGGCCAGCUACUUUAUGUGAAAUGAAUUUGUGUGUGGGUCAGUCAAAUAUUUGCUAUGUCAAACUAACCAUAGUUUAUCGACAUCUUGGGCCUUAGA